AUGGUACAUAUUUCUACUGAAAAAACUUUCAAGAAUAUAUAUCCUUGUUCAAGAAGGGCUCAAUUAAAGAUUUAUCAAAGUCAGAAUGUCUCAGAAUAUUUACAGGGUGAAAUGAGUGUAAUAUAA